AUGACCCCAUCACUCUUCUCAAACAACCACUCCCGUGGGCCCCUGUACCAGUACUGGAAAGAGCGAAGUGACGAAGAAUCGUCUCUCCGACAAAACCGCAUCGCCGACGCCCGGCUACGCAGUCGGGGUCAACGACCCAUCUCGCCCACGCCGGGCCCGUCGAGCGCAGUAUCCUACGCGGACCGAGCAUCAAGAGGGCCACCUACAUACCAAAGGUGUACCGGUAUAGGUCCUGCCUCUGAGGAAACGGGUGAAACCACAACCACAUCGAACACGCUCGCAGGUCGCAAUGUCCAUUCCCCGACGGAAACGGAUGCAGGCUCGGACACGCUCCCACCGUAUUACGCCGUCGCGACGAGGGGCGAGGGUACGCCUCCCGUGAACACCAGUGGCAGUAGAAUGCAAAACCAGGUUUCAAACACCACCACUCUCCCAUCAGCAACCGAAGAGGAGAAACCCCGUCUUUCCAGAAACGAACGACACCACCACCAUCAUCAUCAUAUUGCAAGUGACGAGACUCCAGCUCAAGCAAGCACAAUGACCACCACCGGCACUACCAUCCCCUUCGACGACGAUCAAGGCAAUGACCACCAACCUAAACGUCGCAAAAGUGUCGUCGGCAAAGUAGGAGGUUGGCUGGCGGACGCGGCGAGCGGGUAUACUAAGAAGCAAGAAAGAUGGUGACUCUUCUUACACUCAUACUUGACGGAUCUCUCGCUCCAUUACUGGGACUUUCUCUCUCAAACCCUCCUGGAAAGUUGCGCAAAUUGCGUUCAUGAUUGUCAUUCUUCUAGUGAGUAUAUGGAAAAAUUUAAGGGACUUAUCCUUAUCCCAAGUGAUUUCAAGUUCCUGCUGGCGGAAUGCGUCACAUAUCUGAUAUCGUCCCUUCAUGGUCCAUCAUGAUUGUCCAUUAUUCAAUUGUUGUUCAUUAACCCUCAUCAAGUCGUAAAGAGUUAUAAAAAAA